AUGCCCACUCCUAGGUGUGUCAGGUGGGGCCCAGCAGAUUUGCCAGAGGGGGAGACCGAGGCAACGUUGGAGAAUAUGAAGAGGGAUCUGCUGAACAUCUACUCAGGCAUGCCAUCUACUGAAGGAGUGAAAGGGGCAGAGAGAGCAGAACCAAUGAUGGAAAAGACAUACGUCAUCCAGCGGAAAUACCUUAACAAAGUGCCUGCUCCAGCGAUGUCUGAGAUCAAACAGGAGUGGCCAUUUCUCUUCUCUCAGAAAUGCCUAUUCUCACACUUUGGCCUCCUGACGGACGUCAAUGUCCUUCAUAAGCUACAGGAGGCAAUUAGUCGACGAGGACAGACCAUCCUGGAUUACUGUGCAACACUGGACAACCCCAAGAUUCGUGAUGUUCUGGCCUGCUAUGAUCCAGACUCUGACAAGGCUGCCUGCAUCCUGCUGCUCCUAAUGUUGUACUUCAAAGAAUCGAAAGAGAGUUUGAUUCUUGAAGUUGAUCCAUGUGCCACUGCUGUGGACGUCAAUACAGCAGAACUCCCCAGCACCCCCUGCUUGAUCAUUCAAGGUGACAUGAUGAAGCCCUCUGGAUGGCUUGUAUCCAUCGAGGGACAUGUUGUGAUGGGUCCACACCCUUUCUUUUUACAUGGUGUAGCUGCUUUCUUCAGCAGCUAUUAUGUCUUCAACAUUGAGUAUCCUGCCGCUGGAUCGUCAACGCUGGAGUUCAUUCAAAGGUGCUUCCUGGGGAUCAACCCUGAAAGAGGCUCAAAGGCCAAGAAGCGGAACACAAUGAACCCUCAUGUGAGCACUCUUUUCAGGAAACUAAUUGACUUUGAGUGGACAUCAUAG